AUGUCAAAAUUUUUAUUUUUUAAAAUUUUAUUUUUAAAUAUUUUUAUUACAAUUGUUUUAACUAAACAAUCUAGUAAUCGUGCAAAACGAUUUAUUUCUGGUUUUAGUCCUUUUGGAGGAGGAAAUUUUGGUUGUGUUGUUUCGGUAAUUAUUUUUGGUAUUUGCAAAAGUGGAGGGUUGUCCGCAAAAAUUUGUCCGCAAAAACAACCUUCCAUUCUCUACUUCUUCCAUUAUUUUCAAAAAAAUAUUUUGAAGGGAGGCAAACUUUAUAUUAAUGGACGUUUUACAAAAAAUCUUUCUGAAAAAGAAAAUGAGGAAAUGGAAAAAUAUAUUAAAGAAUUGGGGGAAUUCAAAGAAUCUGCCAAAACAUUUAUUGAGCAACAAAAACAGCAACAAACACUUUCUGGGGAUACAAAAAGGCAACAACAACCAGAACCUCCCAAGAGGCCAAGUUUUUGCUCUGAAAAUGCCACUACGCAAUUUGUUUUUGAUGGCUGCACAGUACAAGGAGAUUAUGUUUAUAUUGGAGAUAAGCCUGUUAGAAAAUUAAAUGAAAAAGAAUUGGAGAAAUUAGAAAAAUUUAAACAAGAAUUUAAUUUAUAUCAAGAAUUUAUUGCAAAUAAAGUUAAAAAGGUAAAUUUUAAGAGUUAA